UCCUUGUUUGGUUUUUCUCUUUCCCGGCUGAAGUGCCACAGUUCUCGGCGUUUUAAAACACAAUCCGGGCUGUAAAUGUUGAGUGAAAAGGGCGCGGAGGUUUGCACACACGACAUUUUGGAUUUUUUGUGUGUGUGUGUGUUGAUGUUGUUGUUGGGAAGCUGUUGUCGGUGUGGAAACCUCCACUUUCGAGACGUUUCCUCCGAGAAAGUUUUGUGUGUGUGUGUCUCGUUAAUGGAACCGUGAAAAGUUUGAAACGUGGCUGUAAAAAGCCGAGCUCCUCCGCUGCCGUGCCGCAUGGAGCUCAACCGAGAGGGACACAGUCCAACCAACCCCCCGGAGUUUCCCUCAGUCCGCUCGGGGGCAACAUUUGUAUCUGCUGUGUUUUUGUAAAGGAAGGGGAGCAAAAAAAAAAAAAAGGUUUAUUGUGAUUUCUGAACGAGCCUUUCUUCAGAUCCCGCCCGCCUGGAUAUCACGAGUCACUGCUGUAAUGUGUUUGCUUGCAGCCUUUUGAAGGUCAGCAGGAUGGCUGAGAAGGAGCUCGAAUCGCCUGGAAAACUAAAGACAUUAUUAUAGCCAGAAUUGUCUUUUUCGGAAUAGGGGGCCUAUCCGAACGGACAAAUUCUUUUUACAACUUUCCCCUCUGUGGAUAAUGGAUGGCAGAGAUUUUGGACCUCCUCGAUCCGUCCACGUACCACCUCCGUUGUUGGCGGGGCUCGCAAUGGAGUCUCACCGACUCGGAGCAGCAGCAGCAGCCGGGAGGAUCCCUCCCUCGCCCGGUCACUUGGGCGCGAGUCAUCCGCCGCCUCUCCACUCUGGAAAAUUCUUGCCAUCGGCCAUUAACCUACAUCCACACCACAGUGAUGCCUUCCCAUCAGGCUCCAGUCCCUUCCUGUCAGGUUAUCCAGGCCCCUCCCCCCUGACCUCUGACCCGGCGUACAGAUCGGCCAAUCCCAGCAGUCUGCAGAUGGCCCAGCUCUGGGCAUCACACGCUCAUGAAGGUUACCCUCCACUGCCGAGCAGCCUCUACUCCAGCCCCUACCUGUCCCUGGGGCACCUGGAUCCUCCCUCGCUCUCCCAGCACCCGCUCUACGACUCGCAUAAAGAUGGUUUUUAUUUACCAGCCUCCUUGAGCCAGUCGCCUCUCCAUCCUCUGUCUGCGCCGCCGCCCGCCCCGUCCAGCUCAACGCCCCCCCAGAGGACGUCCCGGGACUGCGGCAGGGACCGGACAUACCGGGGGGAGAGGGACAGGGAGAGGGAGCGAGAGCGGUCGAGAGAGGAUCAGCGGCCGCACAGCGUGGUCGACCUGACGCAAGACGGGAGGAGCGAGGAUGACCGCAGGGCGCGGAGCGGAGACCGGGAACGAGAAAGAGAAAGGGACCGGGACACGGAGAGAGACAGAGACACUUGGUCUUUCCAUCCUCACCUCCACCAGCACAAAUCGCACUCUCAGCCCUCCAUAGUGGAGGCCAGGUCCAGGCCCUCGCCUCCACAGCCCUGCCUCCCUCCAGGUGCGGGCAGGUUCCACGGACCAGAAACUGACAGAGGGGGUCGGGAUGAAGAUGGCGGCUCUCGACUCCAUCAUCACCACAACUCUAACGCCAACAACUCAAACUCUCAGUCGGACAGACAGAGGAGGAACGACUCUGUGGCCACGUCGGCCGGGACCCUCCACAUAUCUUAUGUCCUCCCCCCCGCGCUCCAGCCCUCCGUCGCCGGUCCGCCCCACCCCUCCACACCCAGAGAGCCAAUCAGAGAGCAGCGGGUCAGCGCCCCGACAUAUGUGCCUUCUGUGGAGGUUUACGACGAGCGGGCCGGGCCCAUCCAGAUCGCCUCGCAGGCCCGUGACAACAAACAGAGAGAGAGAGAGAGAGAACGAGAGCGGGAGAGAGACAGGGACAGAGAGCGGGAGCGAGAUAGAGAUCGAGAGCGAGAGCGGGAGCGUGAACGGGAGAGAGAGAGAGAGCGAGAACGGGAGAGAGACCGGGAGAGGGAGAGCUACCGGAGCCUGAUGGAUCACCCUCGACUCUCUCAGUCCGGCGAGUCGAACAAUCAGAGAGAGGAAGGUUCUGUCAUUUGUUCCAACGGCUCCGUCGGUAAACGAGGCGUGGACUCGUCGUACGCCUCCGGUCAAUCAAGGUUCAGCCCGGAAACCAGGGACAUCCCUAAACACUCACUCCGAUUGGGUAUAGAGCGGGCGGGGGCGGAGCCUAAGUGGAAUAACAUCAGCCCGUUGGCUAACUACGCCACGACUCACAUGGCCGCUCUGGCGGCCCAACACGGACACGCGCUCUCCUCGCCGCACAGCCAGCCGACACACACACAGGUGUCCCACUCCCCCCACACGACUCACCGGCCCAACAACAACCCACACUCCCACAGCCAUUCCCCCCAGACACACCCCUCCCAACAUGGACAUGGGCGUGGAGGUGAGGAGGGGAGUCAGAGACGCUACCUGGACCCAUCAGCCCUCUACCGACCCGGGGGGUCGCUGGCGGGCGGGUCCGGUGGCGGAGAGCGAGGCGGGGGAGCCGGCUCAGACCCCACGGAGGUUUCGGCCAUGCAGAGUCUAAUUAAAUACAGCGGAAACUUCGGCGCUGAAGGUCCCGGGUCCUCCAGGCACGCCUCGGACGGCCGGGGGCCCUUUGGCGGUCUAGCUCACAUCGGCAUGGACGCCGAGCGGGAGAGGGAAAAAGAGAGAGAGCGGGAAAGGGAGAGAGAGAGGGAGAGAGACAGGGAGAGGUUAGCGGUGGGGUCAGCCGGUUCGGGGGCGUUGAGGAUUCCUCCACAGCUGAAGAGGGAGCAGGAGCGGCCGGACAGCGCCCGCUCGUUCGGCCGGGAGGGCGAGGGCGAGGUGCGCCACCCUCCGGUCGGCAUCGCUGUGGCCGUGGCCCGGCAGAGAGACAGCGGGAGCAGCGGCAAACCAACGAGCGGCGCCUCGGACACACAGAGGCCGCUGCUGCAAACAACCAUCAAAGAUGAGGAGCGGGGGGAGGACCGCGCUCGUCACCACGAUGACAGACUGCUGGCCGGCCGACUGGAGCGCGAGCAGGAGAAAGUGCUCAGAGAGUCCAAAGAGCUGGCGGAGUUCACUCAGAUGCACCCUGCACCUUUGUCCGGCGGCCUGACGCCCGGCAUGAUGACACCCAGCCUCAUGACGCCCAACCUCAUGGUGACGGGAGGGGCCGCGCUGGCGGGGGCGGGGCGUUGGCCUCCAGACCCCUCGACUCUGACCUCUCACCCCUGGAUACCCCGGCCCGGAGCCCCCCCAGUCUGGCUCUCCAGCGCCCCCUACAGCCUCGGCCCCUCCUCGCUCCACCAGACCCUCCCCCCGGGCUACCCCCCCUCUCUGCCAGGCUCCUUACCCCCGUCCUACCAGUUUGCCAGGGACCCACAGUCUGGACAGCUAAUAGUCAUCCCUACUGAACACCUGCCGCACUACGGGGGUGAUGUGCUGGAGCGUGGAGCCCCGGUGUGGUCGGGGGUUUACGGUACAGGCAGCUCGCUGCAGCACGCCGCCCAGCUCCAGCUCCUCUCCCAGCAGCAGAUGCUCCGGCAACAGGAGCUGCUCAUGAUCCAGCAGCACACGGCGCAGGUCCUGGAGCUACAGAGGAACGCACAGCUGGUCGAGCGUCUGAAGGCCAGCGAGCACCGGCCGGAGAUGGAGGACAAAGCAGACAAGCGGAACGCGGACCCCAAACCCAGACCCUCCUCGAUCUCUUCCCCGUCUCCCUCCCCCGUCCUGCAUCCUCGCAAACUCCCCCCUCCCUCUCGUUCGCCGACUCCCUCCACGUCCUCCCUCACCCCGCUGCCUCCGCUCCCCUCGCCGGUGACCACCCUCAAGUCGGAGGAAGGGGGGCAGAGGGUGUUGGCGCACCCGCCGACGCCCCUGCCUCACCCGCCUUCACCCCGCUCGGCGUCUCCGCCCCCGUCCUCGCCACGGCGGCCUAAACAGGAGGCGGCCGAAGAAGGGGAGGUGGGACGGAGGGAGCAGACGGAGAGACAGAAGCCGACCUCUGCUUCCUUCCAGGGCAUCUACUCUGAUCUCCCUGCAGGUUACCCUUACCAGUCCAUCACUGCCCCAUUCGGCUCAGCUUUCCCCCCUUAUCACAUCCCAGCACCCUCUGGGGCAAACACAGAACAUGUCCCACCCCGCCGCUCCCGCUCUCCGCCCUCAGCUGCUCCUUUGCCGUCAGCACACCUCCACUCGAGGCUCCUGGACACCGACAUCAAGCCACAGAAACUGGAGCCGUCAAAGACGGGAUCUUUCCUCAAGCAGGAGCCCGGUGUCGAGCGGCCUCAGCUGGACGUGAUGCCAGAACCUCUGGGUCCCCUUCGCCGGACCUGCAGCCCCGUCCGAGUCAUCAAGGAGAGAGAGACGGACGGGGAAGCCCCGAAACCCCAGCCCAAGCCUCCGCCACUACCUCUCCACGUCCCCAGUCCAACACCGCAACAAGGGGAAAGACUGGAGGAAGUCAGAGAGGAAGAGAAGGAAGGAGGCCAAAUCAAAAUGGAAGUGUCGUCUUACCCGUGUCAGGCAGCGUAUCCUCUACCACCUCCGCUCACAGAGGCUGAGCCCAAACCGAAGGCCAUCAAGGCUCCGGAGCGAACACGAUACCCAUCAUGCAUCACUGUGGAUUCAGACAGCCAGGAGUCGGCUCAGAAGUGUGUGUCACUGGAGCAGAGCACCGGUGCUGUGUGUGAACCAGAGCAGCUCGACACUCCGAUCGACCCGCACACUCCCAGUCAGAAAGAAAGUGUUGCCGAAACCCCCGUUUACCCUCCCCCCACCCCCGGCUCUCCGCUCCCGCUGCUCAUCAGCCCCGAGGACCCCAUGGCGGGGAUGCUCGCCCUGCUGACGGCCAGCGAGAUGGCCGCCCAGGCCCGACCCAGCACCCCACCUGCCCCGAUACUCCUACCACAAAUCGAAACCCCUCCUGUGGGUGAGGACUGCGGCAGCGCGGGGCCUCUGGAGAUGGUGGCGCUGGAGGGGAUGGCCCUGCUCAGCCAGAUGGCCCAGAGAGAGAUGGAGAACAUCAGCCAGGAGCAGGAUCUGACAUUGGAGGGUCUGGACUGUCUUCUCGAAGCGAGCAGACAGAUCCUGUUGGACGCCAUAGAGAAACAGUCGCACAUUGAUCUGCCCAGGACGCUGGAUCCCAACAAGAAGUACAGCUGGAGGCAGAGGAAGGAGGAGCCGCUGUAUAGUAAAAUGUCUGUGGACAUGUUGGACGCCGUGGAAGUGGAAUACCGCGUCCGCCUGGCUGAGCUGCAGAAGACGUAUAAGGAGAAGCAGAGGGAGCUGAGCAAGCUGCAGAGACGCAGGGACAAGCAUGAGCGGCAGCAGCAGGAGGAUGAGAGGCGGAGUCUCACCAGACGGGGCAGAGGUCGACCCAGGAAGAGGAAACAUUUGGCCACACCUCCCAAACUGGACAGCAGGCCUGGAAAGGUGGGUAGGACGGUGCAAUACUCUGAGGACUCUGAAGCUGGGGAGGGACAGAGGAAGAGGUUCAGAGUGUCCAGAGAAGAGGAGGAGACGGAGGCAGGAAGUGGAGGAGUGAAGGUAAAGAAGAAGAAGAAGAAGAAGAAGAGCUGGAAUGACCACGAGCCGUCCACCAGUCACGCUCUGGAGGUGUUGAAGGCGAAGCGCGGCCACGUGUGCGAGCAGGAGCAGCUGGCGUCGGACCUCGACAGAGCUCUCUCGCUCUCGCAGCUCAGCUCGCUCGGCGCGUCCCGCAAACUCUCCUCCGGCACCAAGUUAGACAAGUCGAAGGGCAAGUCCGCCGACGUUCGCGCGAAGGAGCGCGCCAUCCACUCCGCCGCCAAAGGAGGGAAACACAAGAUGACCGCCAAGGCUUCCGCCUCGGAGACCAUCCAGAAGGUGAAAGGUCAGAAGAAGAGCGCUCUCUUCUCUCCUGUGAGGUCAGAGCUCAGCAGCUGCUCCAACAACUCCGAUUCAGAGGAGCACAAUUCCGCUCGAGGGGGCUGGCCCCCUCUCUCAGGGACACGUUCCCACGGCAACCUGACCAGGAAGAGGCGGACCGCGUCGUCGCCGACGUCCCUGCUGUCCAGCCAGAAGUCUCAGAAGAAGAAACACAAGCACUUAUCCCUGCUGCUGGAGGAAGCGGGCCUCAGCUCCUCUGACGACUCCUUCGACCAAGAAACCUCGGAGGACGAGGACGAAGACGACGAGGACGACGAGUCCGACUCGGAUGAUGGCGGCUGUGAGGAGAGCGGCUUGGGUCUGCUGGCUAGGUUUGCGGCGAGCGCGAUCCCUGUCAGCUCGGCCCCUUUGAGUCUCCUCCAUGACAGCAAACACCACAGCAGGCAAAGCACUCUGGGUUCAUCAGAGUGCGAGUGGUCAGACUCUGGCUCUGACUUGCGGCUGAGGAAGUUUCCAUCCCUGCUGCACGGCAAACGCUCCGCCCCAGAGCUCCCCCUGUUGCCCCCGGCAACCCGCCGCCAGUCCGACCAGUCCAGCCCCACCAAGCGGGAUGAAUCCCUGCCGGUCAAACGCAAGCCUCUGCCCAAACCACGGCCCUCUCCUCGGUCGCCGCGGCGGUUCAGCUUCGACCUCGCCAGCGGCGCCGGGUUCGGAGGCUUCAGCGAGGACGAGGGCUGGAACCGACGACGCAGCGAGAGGAUUUUCCUCCACGAUGCCUCUACCUCAGCCAAUCAGAUGCCCGUGCCGGCUCCAGCUUCCACCAGUCAGAGCUGCUCCUCCUCCUCCUCCUCAUCCUCUUCCUCCUCCUCCAGCUCAGCUCCGCCUCUCACCCCGAAACCCACCUCCAGACCAAAACCCAGUCCGCCCGGCAGAGAGGGGAAAGACGUGGUGAGAAAGAAGAAGCUGAAGGACUCUCCUCUGCCCGUGAGCCCGUCCACUCCGCUGUGCAGUCCAAUCACAGACAGCCCCGCCCCUCUGAGCCUCAGCCCGGCACGCAAGAGCCAACCGAAAGCCAAGACCAAGGCCAGAGAGCCCUCCAGGGGAGCGGUGAGCCGGCUGAUGGAGAGCAUGGCAGCAGACGAGGACUUUGAACCCAACCAGGACAGCAGCUUCAGCGAGGACGAACUCCUCCCACCACACAGCAACAGCGUCUCUGAGAGGUCGUCCACACCCGCUCCGGUGCAGUGUGUGUUGGAGAAGGAUUCUCUGGUGGACGGACUCAGAGUUUUGAUCCCAAUGGACGACCAACUACUGUACGCCGGACAUGUGAACACUGUACACUCCCCUGACAUAUACAGCGUGGUGGUGGAGGGGGAGAGAGGGAACCGACCACACAUCUACUGCCUGGAACAACUGCUGCAGGAAGCUAUCAUCGAUGUGAAGCCUCCGUCCGUGCGCUAUCUCCCAGAGGGAACCCGCAUCGCUGCCUACUGGAGCCAGCAGUACCGCUGCCUCUACCCCGGCACCGUCGUCAACGGAAGUUCAGAUAUUGACGAGAAUGAUGAUCUGAUCACCGUGGAGUUUGACGAUGGCGACACAGGCCGCAUCCCCCUCUCCCACAUCAGACUGCUGCCGCCAGACUACAAGAUCCACUGCGCCGAACCGUCCCCUGCGCUGCUGGUGGCGAGCUGCUCCCGGAGGAGAGUCCGCAAGUGCAGCAAAGAGGGCAAAGAGGCGGGAACCAAGCCGGAGGAGAGCGCUCCCAAGAUCAAAGGAAAACCCGGUCGCAAACCCAAACCCAAACCAGAGACCUCCGUGAACCAGGAUGGCCGGGAGAAAACCGAUCCUCCACCUUCCUCCACCCAGCCUGCAGAGAGACCCCAGGCUCCAGCGAAGCCCGCCCAGGACAGGACCUCCUCCGUCCAGAAGGCGGGUCAGGAGAAGCCCCGCCCCGCGUCCCGGCCAACGAUGGGAACACAGACGAAACCGGGCCGCAAAAGCUCCACCACGUCCCCCGCGAGCAGCCCCACCCUUCCCUCCCCGGUGCCCAGGAAGAGCGGCUCGGCCCAGCCUCCCGCUUCUAAACCGGCCCGUGCUCUCCCUCCUUCCCUCUACCCCUCCACCUACGGGAAAGUCCUGACUGUGGAUCUGUACAGCGAGCCCAACCUCAGCUCGUACAACAGCCAGCGCAGAGAGAGGGAGAGAGAGAGAGAGAGAGAGAGGGAGAGAGAGAGGGAGAGGGAGAGGGAGAGGGAGAGGGAGAGCACCAGCAGCGUCAGUCCCACCACCAACAGACCCAUGUCCAGACCCAUGGCGACGUCAGCUGCGCCCAAACCCGGUGCGUCAUCCACGCCCAGGCCGGCCUCUGCCUCCACACCCAAAACUAAACCUUCCUCGGACCAUCACAGCAGCUCCAGACCGAGCCUCGGCUCCGGGCUCAUUCCCAGCCCCAUCUCCCGGCUAUCAUCAGGCAAGCCCGGCUCUUCUCUCGCUCCCAGACCUUCAUCGUCGUCAUCAUCCUCAUUAUCGUCGUCGUCGUCAUCUGCCCCCAGACCCAAACUAAAGAUGCCGUCUGACCAGCUCUCCUCCAGCUCCAGAACCAGCUCCAGCUCCAGCUCCAUCUCCAGGCCCAAGCCCGGCCCGGGGCAGAACGACGGGGGGUCGGCGGUGAGGCGGAAGUCCCUGUCAGCGGAGCCCCUCGUGAAGCUGGACCAUGAAGGUGUCACCUCGCCCAAGACCAAGAAGACCAAGGCCCUGAUGUUGCUAGAGGGUCGGGGCGUCAGACGAGAUCACGCCCCCAUCACCACGGCCUCAGCCAAUCAAAAGCUGCUAAAAGCUAAGCCGCGGGCUCCAGAGAGAGACUCCAGCCUUCCAGAGAAAGACUCCGCCUACAAAGCGCCCAUGCUGCCGAAGGAGAAGACGGACAGCCGUGGAAGUGGAGGUAGAGGACAGGAAGUGGACGCCAGAGAGGAGAAAGUUAAAAAAGAAGAGAGAAAGGAGGUGGAGAAAAGAGAGGAGAGAAAGAUGAAAGAGGAGUCUCAGAGCAGCAGCAGCUCCGAGUCAGAGGAAGAAGGCGAGAAAGGGAAAAUGAAGAAAAAGAAGAAAUGCACCUCAAGCUGCUCUUCCUCCUCUUCGUCCUGCUCUGGUUCCUCCUCAUCCUCUUCGUCGUCGUCGUCCUCAUCGUCCUCCUCCUCCACCGACGACUCGUCCUGCAGCUCAGAUGAAGAGAGGACCCCCACGCCUCCGCCAGGCCCCGUCUCCCCGCCUCCGGCGCAGGACAAACCCAAAGAAGAGACGAAAGAAGAGGAGGAAGAGGAUGUGAAGAAGGAGGCGGAGGUGAAAGUGGAGGAGGAGGAGGAGCUGUCGCCUCCCUCAGAAUCUCCCUCCCCGUCGACCUCUCCGGCUCCCGCUGCUCCUGCUCCCGCUAAAUCUGGGAAACCGGCCACGGGGAAGGGCUCGGGUCAAAGGGGUCGGCCCCCGAAACCGAAGCCCAGUGGAGGAGAGGGGAAAGUGGGGAGACCAAAGCGGAGAGAGGGGGUCCACCUCCCCACCACCAAGGAGCUGGCUAAACGUCAGAGGCUCCCCAGUGUGGAGAACAGGCCCAAGAUCUCUGCUUUUCUUCCAGCCAGACAGCUCUGGAAGUGGUUUGGGAAACCCACUCAGAGACGCGGCAUGAAGGGCAAAGCGAAGAAGCUCUUCUAUAAGGCCAUCGUUCGCGGCCGAGAGAUGAUCCGCAUCGGUGACUGCGCCGUGUUCCUGUCCGCCGGUCGGCCCAACCUGCCUUUCAUCGGCCGCAUCCAGAGCAUGUGGGAGUCCUGGGGCAGCAACAUGGUGGUCAGGGUCAACUGGUUCUAUCACCCGGAGGAGACGAACCCCGGCAAGAAACUCACUGACAAGAAGAACUGGGAUCAGAUCUGCAGCCAGUCUUUACCAGCAGCUCUGCACUCGUCUAUCCAGAGGAAAGACUUCAUGGAGCGCGCCCUGUACCAGUCGUCCCACAGCGACGAGAACGACGUGCAGACGGUCAGCCACAAGUGCCUGGUGGUGAGCGUGGACGAGUACGAGCAGAUGACGCACACGCGCCGCUACGCCGACAGCGAGGACCUCUACUACCUGGCCGGCACGUACGAACCCACCACUGGCAUGAUCUUCAACACCGACGGAGUCCCGGUCAUCUGCUAAACGCUACGAGUUGCUGACACCAAAUUGUGAUCGGACUCACCAACCGUGGACCUCACUAGGAGUGGAAACCCGACCCGUGGUCCCUCCAAGUCUAAUCACUGAUCUUCAGUCAUGAUGGAUCUUUUUCGCAGACGUGACUCGACGAACUCAACUGCUCCGAUUUACCAUGAUACACUUCGAGACGGACUGUCACGAACAGCUACUACUACAGAGACAGGAGACACUACAGACAGUAUUAAAAAAGGAACAAGUCUCCGGAAACAUUUGCACACACAGACUCCAUCGACACAAACUGUCGCGCUCGUCGUGUUCAUGGGGAAAGUUUCACAACACGCGAGCGCUUCAGUCUCCUUUUACAUGUAAAUACAACUGACACGAACACAGACGUACUCACAUGCACAGACACAUGUAAAUACUCACCCCCAUGUAACACACACACACACACACACACACACACACACUCACAGUUAUAUAGAGGAAAAUAUGAGUGUUUUAUUUUCAUGUAAUAGAUUUAUGUCAGAGUACUUUUUUCUAAAGAGGUAAACAGUCAAGAAGCUUUAAUGAACUGUGAAUGAUGAUACAGGAGAGAGGCCCCCGUGUCUGUCCAUCCGUCCUCCCCCAGCCCCGACAGGACGGACAGACGGACACACACACACACACACGCGCACGCGUGCACGCGCCGGUGGUGUGACGUUGUGAUUAUGAUGUUGCCGUGGUGAUGUUACAGUCAUGUUACAGUCAUAUAAAUGUAUCUAUAGAACAGCAGGAGCGACAGACAGAUGCAAAAAGAGAAAGAGAUGCGCAGAAAGAGAGAGAGAGGUAGAGACUCCCUCCUUUUGCUGUCCAACAGAGAGCACUUAAAAACACUUAGAGUCUAUGCUCCUUUAAUUUAACCCCUUCAAUUCCCCUUGACAAUCCUAACCCGGGCAGCUGCCCGUGUGCUACUCAAACUUCUGACUCCCUCAGAGACUCAGGCUAAAGAGAGAGGAAGGAAUUGUGUACUAUUAAAAGCACUUCCCAUUUUCAUCUUUGAGUUCAUUCUGAAAGGAAAAAUCUACCCACGAACACUUUAAACACUACGACACAAAAACCAGCUGCUGGUGGCGAUGCAUCUUGCGUUCUGUUGUUUUCACCGUUUUGCACUGAGGUGGAGCAACAGAACCGGGGGGGGGGGGGGGGGGUCCGAGAGGAGGUGCCGCUUUAGGCCCGUCCGGGUGGUGUUGAAAAGAAUUCUGGGAAAUGUAGGACAUCCCUCUUUUUCUUUUUUUUCUUGUUAAUCAGGUUAACCAAGUAAAGUAAAACCUUCCAAAGUAACUCCAUGAAUGCACUGAACAAGACGAGCUGGUAUAACAGUGCAGGACUCCCAGAGGGUGGAUUUUUCCUUUUUUUGUUUUUGUUUUAAAGGUGUUUCCAGGGUUGCAAACGCUGCAGUCAGGCCAAGAUGCAUCAAGGUCACGGCACCGAUGUGCAGUAUGAAGCUGCCAGCUCUGAUUAGAUCAACAUAAUUCAAUUUUUAACACUCAUCGUCCACAGUUUGGCUUCAUUUAUUCAGUUUCGCUGCAGCGUUUGCAACCUCCAAAUGUCCUGUGUGAGAUGUAUUUUUUUUUUUUUUAAUAUAUAUUUCUUUUGCUUCUGCUGUUUUAUGGACGUCCAUCUGAACCUCUUAUGGUCACACUUCGCCCUCCAAGCAAUCGUAUUUGACAUGAGUGCACUUUGAAUGAGCUCCGCUGCAGAGGAGACCGUGUGACUGGGAGUCGUGUAUGUCUUCCUAGAGUAUUUGCUUAACCCCCCCCCCCCGCCUCUCUCGCUGCCUCUCCUCUGCACGCCGGUGACGCCCCCCCCCCCCAUGGACAAACAGACACAUGCGACCACGUCCCUUCUACACGUUGUUCUUUUUUCUCUUAGCUGCUUAUGAAUUAUUUCUAUGUGCCUAGUUUAACCGUUGUUAGAGUGAGACUGUUGAAUGUCGUGCUCAGGGUUGUGAGCGUUUGGGUGGCCUUACUCUCCCAGGCCUUAUGAUGAUGAUUCGCCAAAUCUCUCUUAGGUCCCGCCCCCCCCCCAUACUCCCGCCAUUAUCCUCGGCUCCUGUAGGUGCUGCGGAGAAGUCAGAUUGGUAUUUUCUCCAGUCUGCUGAUGUUGGGAAACAUCUUUCUUCUUUGUGAUUCAUAGUUUGAACAACCCUCCGUUCCUGAGCUCUUAACCCACUUAGCUACACUAUUGUGUAUAGAGUGUGUAUCAGAUAUAUCAGUAUCUAUAUACAGUAUAUAGUAUACUGUAUAUACUUUAUAUAUCUGUGAUUAUCAUGUUGAUUUUCUUGUAUGUUUCGUACCACGUUGCCCUCUCUCUGCUUCGCUGCAGAGAUUGAAGAUUGUCUUGUUGAUAUUCAAUAGGUUUAAUAUUUUCUACUAUCUUGAGAUCUUUUGGUUUUCUCUGGAUGUGUCUGAUUUUAAUGUAGGCUAUAUCAUAUUUUUACUCACGUUGAGAUGGCUGCGUGACGUCUGGAGGACGACCCAAGGUGUUAAUGUGACAUUUUCCCGCUAAAUGACAAAAGACGUCUGCCAGUACAGCAGCAUUUCAGUGCACAUUUCUCUCAAAUCCAGACAUGAUAGCCACCCAGUAAAGAUAAGGUUGGUAAUUUGCUGCUAGUUGUUAGUGCUGAAAGUGGUUUAACAGGUACAGAGUGACUCUAUGUGCUGUUUUCUGAGAUUACUCGAUCAAUUGAUGCCAGAAUAUCUUAUCUGCUAAAGCCCCAGCUGCUCGUCCAGCUGCUGCUCUUAUAUAUCGACUCCCUUUCGGGCCGAGACCAGACACAAGAUCUCCUGCCUGAAACUCAAAUGUCUGCAGACGAGAGUUCAAAAGUUUUGACUGAAAGUCGGCCGGAAACGUAUCUGCGGCCGUGGGAGUGUCAUGGACAGACAGGUCGUACCAGUGUUUGCAGAGUGAACAAGUUAAAGUGCUCCGUUCUGAAUCUUUGUUUACCCCUGGAGCUGCUAAAGCACUUUUUUGUCUGUGUAUGUGUGUGUGAGAGUGAGAGACUGAUAAGACAUCACGCUCUUAUCCCCUUGUAUUACCACACACACACACACACACACACACACACACGUACACUUAAACACCUUUGUAACCCUAUAUGGUGUGUGUUAUUGCCUACCGAUCUCUAUUUGUCCCCUAACUCCAUCCAAAGCCCAGCCUUAGGCCUUCAAACAGGGUCCAACACACACACACACACACACACACACACACUUAUUCCCCACUUCGCCUUCAUUUUCAUUUGGUGUCAUGUUUUAAGAGCCUGACUUUAUACAUGUUCUUUCUAUCACCAUUUACGUGUUUUACUUUGUUUUUGUUUGUUGUUUUUUUUCUCUGGUUUUAAUUUUCUCUGUUUUUGUUUUUCUUUUCUUUUCUUUUCUUUUCUUUGCAUGUUUCUGUAAUAAAUUUCCCCCCUUGCUUCCCCUCUCUGAACAAUCGUCCACGCCUCUCAAGCAAUACUGCUGACAGGCACUGGGAGCUAGCUGCUAGAGAGAGAGAGAGAGAGGAAUGGGAGAGAGGGCAAAAGAGAGAAUGGUAGAGAGAGAGAGAGAGAGAGAGAGGUGGACUGGAGGCUGGUUCUUCGUCUGCUGUUCCUUCAGUAUCGUUAUCGUCCUGUUACAGAAAAGAAAAAAAAAAAGAUUAUUUUGAAAAUAAAUAGAAAAAUCAUCUAAGUUUUGUAAAUGAUCCUUCACUGUCGAGGGGAGAAAAAGCUAUCAGAAUAUACUUUGUACACAUGUCUAAUCUUGUAAAAAUGCAAAAAAAGAAAACAUUUUAGAGAUGAAUCUGAAACCAGAUAUAUUCUGUCGCCCUAUACUGUAUGUGUAAGAAAAAAAAAUUCUUUUUUUUUUACAGACAGCAACCAUGUUUAUCAGUGUUUCUUUUAAAUUGUUUUAGUAACUCAAUAUUUUAUAGUUAAUCAAUAAACAGAUGGAACUGUAA